AUGGCGCCCUCGAGAUCCACUCGCCCAGUUCGUUCGAAUCGCACCCAGGUGCAGUCCUACCACGAGGAAAGCUCCUCGCAGGAUGAAGAACUUGCGACAUCACGCCGAGAGCCAUUGUCUCUACGUUCGCGCACUACUCGAAUGCCAAGAUCCUAUCGUGAAGAGUCAACGGAUGGCUUCGAUGAGCCCGGUGAGCCCGAUGACCAGGAGCUAGAUAUGCUGGUCUCACCCGCCACGGAACCGCUGGCCCCCGGACCUAUUUCUAACCCUCGCCCUUCUCGGCCUCAACGCACGGCUCCAAAGCCCAGACCGGCCAAGAAAAAGGGAAAACGGAAUCGGGGUCCGGUGGGGAAGCCCUUGAACAAGCGCCCGAAAACAGGGACAGCUGAUGCGAUCUUUUUGGGAUCGGGUGUUAUCCCUCCUUGGCAAACCCUCCCCUACCAUAUUCUUUUUGAUAUUUUUUUGCGCGCGUCGCAUCCAUUGCUCGACGAAGGACGUUCGACUCGCAAUGACUCCGUGAAGUGGCUAGUGAACAUGGCCCUUCUAUGCCGAAGCUUUCAUGAACCUGCGCUCGCGGCGCUCUAUUAUUCCCCUCCAUUGCUGCCUGCCCACAAGAGUCAUGCUCUUCUCAAUCUGCUAUCUCAACCUCAAGAGUCGCUGUCCAUGAACUACUCCAGCAAGAUCAAGGAACUUCAUGUGGAGGUAGAACCAGUUCUUCAAUACAAAAGUGGUCCCACUCUAGGCUACUUCGACCUUUCCAGCUUGCUUGAGAAGACACCUCAACUGCAUGUCCUGCGACUGUACCACAAGGACGACUUCACCAUGGGAAUGCCUCCUUGGCAUAUUGGUCCGUCGAAAUGGACUUACACGGAAUCCAUGUUUGCCGUCCUCCACCGUGGGAUUCUUCUUCGUAGUUUUGAAUGGAACUCUCGCUUCUUGGGAACAGGUGAACUUCUUCAUUUCAUGGGCACACAGCAUAUGAAACCAGCUUUCAGGGGCUUGAGGGAGCUCAAACUUCUUCACAUCGAUGAUUUUGAUAUGGAAGAAACACCUUCUCCCAAAACAGCAGCCCUCAUUCGAGCCGUUAAUUUACUUCCAGAGAUUGAGAGAUUGGAAUUUGUCGAAAGCUCUCUGAUCAACGGAGAAACACUGACCAAGCUGCCUUCUACUCUUCGCUCUCUCACCCUGAACAACUGUGAUCGCAUGUGGUCCGAAGAUAUUACAACCUUCCUUUCGUCACAUGGUGUUAAUCUUCGAGAGCUCAGCCUGAGCCAUAACCGCCACCUCAGCUUGUCCUUUGUCCAAAAUUUGGCACAAUCAUGCCCGAAUCUUGAAUUGUUCAAAAUGGAUCUCUCGAUGCAUGACGUGUCUAGCUACCACGAUGUCGAGCCGCACUUCCAAGAAUUAUUUGCCCAGUCCGAAGUGCCCACAUGGCCAGAAACACUUCAGGAAAUCGAACUCACCCAGCUGCGCAAAUGGAACGAUGCAACUGCCGAGAUAUUCUUCACAUCCCUAGUGAACGCAGCACCUAAGCUCCGUUCCUUGCGACGAUUAGCCAUAAGUGCAAUUCUAAAGAUUGGAUGGCGUGACCGCGCUACCUUCCGCGAGAGAUGGAUUGGCCAGCUUGAGAAAACCUUCCUUCGUCGCAGCCCACCACCAGACCCUAAUCUCCGCUCUCUGCGGAAGCGCCCGCUCCAGCCAAGUCUCGCAAGUAUGAAUGGAACUAUCGAGAGCGAGGAAACAUCCGAUUCACGUCCGGGUACAGCGGAAAGUGGACCAUCGUCCAAACGCCAGAGUGUUCGCCUGGCGCAGAAGACCACAGAAGUUGAAGACGAUAGCGACGACUCGAUGCCGGAGUCGCAGGGGAUGUGCGACAUUGUCAGCAUUCGCAUUGAUAACCAACGUCCCACCGAAAUGCAGUACAAUGAGAACGACUUCCUCGACGAUGAACUGAGUGGCGACGAGGAUUGGGCCGGUGAUGACUUUGAGCCCGCCGCUGGGCAUGCGUGGUGA